AUGGCACCCAACAUCACCCUUCAACGUGCGCAUUCGCCGAGCAGUGCUCGCCGCAGACAAUUUCUUCUACCUGCAAUUCUUCGUCACAUCCAGGAAACGCGCAACGAAUCAAACAUGAUUACCAACUUCAUCAACAACUCCGCCAGCAUGUCAUCGUCUCUUGAUCUCUCUGACCUCUCCGACGCGCUGGACUCUCCUGUCUCAUCGGACAAGCACAGAAAACCCGCCAACACCAGAGGAGUUCGGUUCAACAGCAAAGUCAGUGUAGUUGAAAUUCCAGCACCCGACCAGAUCCAAGCACACCGUGUUAGCUUCAGCGACGAAGUGGUCGACAUCGAGACAGCAGAGUCCGCGCUUCCGUCGCCGUCGUCCAGCCCUCCCAGAAAGCGUGUUCGCUUUGGUUGCCUCAAGAAGAAUGUGCGUAAACAUUUCUCGCAUACGCCCAUCUACAAGAUGAAGAUCUUCGAUGCUAUCAGUCCUCUCAUGACGUCUAAGAAGAGAGUCCGCUUUGGCUGUAUGAAGGGCGAGGUCCCUACUAUUACUCACAUGCACGACGAAGUGAAUGAGCUGCUGGCCGACGAGUCUGCUACUUUCAAGCGUGAAAAGAGAAGAGGCUCAACUUCUACAGAUGACGAUGAGAUGUCCGAAAUGGCAUCCAGUUCCGAAGGUCCUGGGCUCGAUUGA